CAAGACCUUGGUUGGCGUCGUCAGCUGUCGUCCUGAAGGUGCUCACCUGGCUUCGGAUUUAGCCGACAUUCUGACAUUCGGUGCUGAGUUUGAGCGCAAGAACCUGAGCUGGACACCAUGCAUUGUCGACAAGCUGCGGCUAAGCCAUUAUGUCGGGCCCUUCUCCUGGUGGCGCUUAUGCUGGCAUGCUUGGCCAGAGCCACUGCCCUGGAAACAGAUGGCGCGCGCCGGCCUCGUCGCAUUCUGCUGUCAGCCGCACAGCACGACUCCUCCUCGACCUCUGUCCGCUCCACGUUUCAGCUCUCAGUUGCUGCUGACGCGCGUGUCCGGGGAGAAAGAGUUCGCCACCAAGUGAUCCCGGGCAUCCGCCGGAUGCUAGACGAUGCGCCAAUUUCAGACGAUUUCAGCUCGUCCAAUCCAUCGCCUAACACACCACCCGCCACUACCACCACCGGCACAACCCCGCCCUCCACCGUGCCUGCUUCCAGCGUCCCCCACCUCCACACAUUCCCCUACGAGUCCUGCGCCGCCUCCCCCUCCGCCGCCAAGUGCGACGACAUGCCCUUUGAACUCCUGGUCUCGGCUCUGACCGAGGGCACCGCCUCCUCCCGUACACUGCGCAUCUACCCGGGAAUUACCUUCAAGCUGCAGAUUAAGCCCUACGAUUAUCGUACGACAGAGGGUGGAGAUCUGGGCGGGGCGGACGAUGAAGGGACGCCUGCUCAGGAAACAGUCGGAUGCGAGACGAUGCUGAAGGGGCUCAGGGAGCUUCGGAUUAAGCUGCGCUCAACUGCCGUUAACGGAGCUUUCGUCAACUACCCAACUCAGCCGGACGACCCCGACUACAACAGCGAACCGUUUACAUUUAACGCAACUGUCAACGGUAUUCCCGUACAGACCUCGAUCCACAAGCAACCACGACCUCCCGGCUCUGUUUCAGCCACAACUGCCGACUCGUCGGCCGAGACCUACCUUCGGAUUCCCCUGACCAUCUUGAGCCGCCAGCAAAUCGCCAGCGGCAACACAAGCAUCUCAUUGCUCAUCAAUUCCAAGGACGAUGGCGACAUCCUGUCAAUUCCUGACUACAUUGUCGACACGACGCAGUAUGUCAUGACGUAUCCACCAAUCGGGACAGAGAAUGUGGACCCCGCCGACAGAAGGACCAUUUACUCUGCCAAGAUUCGUUACAGCCUGAUUCCGUCCGAGUCUGAUACCUCCUGCUGUCCGGCGUGCUUUUCGAGCUUCAUGCAAACAAAACUUAACGACUGUCCCUUCUGCGGCGGCGGAGAUUACUAUUCUACAUGCGUUUACAACAGAGUCGAAUCGGAUUGCGGCCGGGCGUACCUGAUGUGCGGGUUCUCGUACACGUACAGUUUCAUGAGUAGCUUUGGCAUGAAGAAUUACCCGUUCGGAUGUGUACCUUGCACGACCAACCCCCUCGGAUGGUGCGGCCCUACCAAUAGGGCUUAUGCUUACUGCUGCGCUGUGUGAGGGGUUCCCCUGUUUCCCUUUGUGAUGCGCUGUGAAAGGGGCUUGCAUGUUUCCCUUGAGUGAUGCUUGGAUCGAGCAGGAUGUACUUUGUACGGCGGAGGGUUAGUUGGUCAUGUCGUUGGGUGUGUGUUUUCCGCCUUUUGGCGUACAGGUUGUACCAUCCUGAUGUGCACACAAGCAUCUUGUAUAGAAGAUGGUUGAAUGGAUGUUAGGGCCGCAAAUGCAGAAAAGAAGGUAUUUGAAUAGUCCUUACGUGCCUGUUUACCUCCACAUUCGAGGUUAGGGCGUACGAUGACGGUCCGAAUACCCAGCUAGAUAAGACAAGUGCAUGGGGGCAUGCGCUGAUAAGGCUCUCAGGCCUGCAGGUUUAGAAGAGACGUAGGUAAUCGUUUGGAGUUUUGGGUUACAUACGUGUGUAUGCAUGCAUGGUUGCUUGGUUGCUAGUAUACCCACAGGGGCGAUGGAACGCUAGGGUUCAUCCAGCUGUACUGCUAAAGUGGGUUUGUGGCAGGGGUGGGCAUGUCUUGGCAUACCAGCCACACGCAAAAGGAGGUCUGGUGGUGGAAGCCAUACCGUCACGUGUGAAGAGGUUCACCUAAGACUUGUGAAGAGGUGCUUGCGUGUGCUGUCCUGACUGGGGGGUCCCAGCUUCCGUGACGACGAUGAUGGCGGUGAUGACGCCGCGUCACCAGGCGUCCUUGCUUCAGACGACUUUGCGACGAGGGGCCGGGGAAUAAGGGGCGAGGAUUCGUCCCGCGCACGUGUCACGGCGACUUGUGUUGUUCCAAGUUGUUUCCCGGGCGGUAAAGGAACGUUUUAGCGUGUGUGCAUUGGGGGUUAGAUGUUAUCUUUCCGAGCAAUUUCGUGCCCGUGUGAGCAGGGUGGCGCAGUGGUGGCGAAGAUUCACUUCUUGCAUAACCGGUGGCGGUGCGUACGUGGCAACACGCGAGGCGCUUGCUGCCCAUCAGGCUAUGCGGUGCGUUGUGUAGGACAAGCAAAUAACCCUGUGCCGUGGUAGAGGCAGGACGGUUUGCUCACACCGGCAUAGCUUCACCGCUAUGUUCAGUUGGGUACCGUGUAAGUCCCUCUGGGUUGUGUGUUGCCUGGUGUUCCUGCUUCUGUGGCAGUCCACAAAGGAAGAGAGGUGAUGCCGGUGAACCGUGGGUGCGUAUGGUGCAUGAGCACCUUGGCUGUUGUUGUGCAUGUGGACGUACUUGGAGCCGGGUGUUCAUUAGUCAGUGCGGUGAGAUGAGGUUGCACAGGAAGGUUGGAAAGUACGGACGGCCGUAUCGUUUAGGUUAUAGGGGUCUGGAGGUUCAACGUGCCUAGGUGCGUGUGUUAUCGGGUUGCUAGGCGCGGGCCUUGUGGCUCUCUCCCCACAUAGCUAAAAUCCUCAUGUAACGUUUUACUGGGC